UGCACAAUAAACUGCCAUAUACAUGUAGUAAAAACGGAUACGUGCGUAUAGAGCAUUAUGAAAUGAAAGUCGUAAUUCAGAAAUAAGAGUGAUCGGACGAUUAUUGUGCUAUGAAAUAUUCGAUAUUUAAAAAAGUAUCUGUGCCCAGUGUUGCAAACAAUGAGACGAUGCAACGCUUGGUUAACCGAACAAAACACUGUGUUUAUUGGGUAUUACGGGAUUGAAUGACUUAGUAAAAUUUAUAAUAUCUGAAUAGUGAACUGGGGUAAUAUAUGGUGACACAACAUAACAAGUACAGUACAGUUGUACCCUGUUCACUGCGAUUUACAUACCGGAGCAAACAAAAUGGAUUUUCAGUUCUAGUUUCCUCUGUUUUAAAGACAAUACCGGAUAGAUCAUGAACGUGAACAUUGAUUGGUCAGCCGAGUCGAGUGAUGCACGUGCUGAGCUCGACGCACUAGAUCGUCAGAAGAAACGUCGUGACGCCGAACCGCUGCUGUACACCAAGAUCAUCACAGAAUGGACAAAAGCUGCAUUUGCGGUGGCAUUAAUUCUACAGGUGUUAAUGUUUGCCACAACGGGGAUUCUCCUUUUGACCGGUUACGAUAUUCUACCCAUUUUUUUUGACGACGUGCCCAUGCGUAUGACGGAUGAGCCAUGGGACGCACGCUGGUACGCUUGGGAGGAUCGAAACGACUUCCCGGGCAGUUACAAGCGAAGUGGGGAGGGGUUUAGGACAGCCACAAACUGGUUCAGUUCUAUUGAUAUCAUUUUCGAUGCUGGCACCGGAAGAAAUAUUUUCAACAGAGAUAUUUUAAAAAAAAUUCGAGAAAUUGAAGACGAAGUUACUCACGCUAAGGACUAUGAUAAGAUGUGCCAACUAGAUCCGUCGACAAACGAUUGUCUCCCUCCUGGAUCUGUUACUCAGUUCUUUGACGGAACAUUUGCAAGCAUUAAUCCUAUAUUCAACGAUACUAACUUCGAAAAUAUAAAUGCAGUAGCCAAUGAAGCAAAAACUAACAAUUUGACGAAAGAAAAGUUUGCAUAUUUUCUGGACAAAGACAACACACAUUCCAAUAACGUAGUCAAGACCUCGAUAACAAGAACAACUAUUUACUUCGGCCAGCCACAUGAAACAUACGAGGACACGCAGGAUACAAGAGUGGAUGAAUACUGCGGUGAGGUUAUGAAACCAAUAUUAGAAAAACACAUGGAAGAGAAUGGCCUCUUUACUAUGGUCUUCCGAUCGGUGCCCCUCUGGCAGUACGAUGUGAGAAAUCAAGCAUUUAAGGACAUGUAUUUAGCCGGGGCAAGCAUGGCUUUUAUAUUCUUCUUAAUCCUGUUUCACACAAGAUCGCUUUGGAUCGCUGGGUUUGCAAUGAUGAGCAUCUUUGGAAGCUUUGUGACCGGAAACUUGAUAUACAAUCUUAUCUACAGCUACAAGUAUUUGGGAUUCUUCCACGUCCUAGCUGUGUUUAUAAUUCUUGGCAUUGGUGCAGACAAUAUUUUUGUUUUCUACGACAUGUGGAGAGCUUCUGCUACAGAGCAAUACUUAAGUUUGGCCCACCGACUGUCCGAUGUGUACAAGCGUUCAGCCAUAAGUAUGUUCUUUACGUCGUUAACUACAACAGUUGCUUUCCUCUCCACAGCCAUCUUGCCACUGUUGGGAAUAAGGUCUUUUGGGUUGUUCGCUGGAACUGUUGUGGCAGUUAAUUACAUUUCGGUAAUAACUCAGUUCCCUAUUGUAAUACUUAUGUACCAUAAAUACUUUGAACAUACUAAAUGGCCAUGUUGUGUUCCGUGUGUGCAUUUGAAAAAGAAAUGUUGUCAGAAAGAAUCGGAACAUUAUGAAGAAGAUGGCAUCAGAGAAAACCGACUUAAAAACACAGAAGGCGACGAGGAUGUCUCCAAGAACGUCGAUCGUGGGAAAUUUAAUCCGGUUUUCAUUUCAAACGAUUAUCAGAGCUACCCAGGACAGUCUCGCUUUCCGAAUGAAAACCGACCUCGCUCAAUAUCGCCCUAUAUAGUGGAGCCUGGUCCCGAUUAUUCUUUCCCUAGGAUUAAUGGUGGCUCUCCUGAAUAUUCCAAUGGCGGUAUUAGGUCGGACAGAUAUAAUGACAAUCGUCAACCCAUCCAUAUUCAAUAUACAAGAAAUAAUCAGGAAGGAAAUCUCCCACGGAAUGGAGGGCCAUAUGACUAUGAAGUAACACCGUUUCCACACAAAGGCUAUGAAAAGCGCAGCCAUGAUGAUACGUUUUUCUACGAUGGUAAGAAAGAAACGGGUCGUUUGCAAGGGAGUCCUGCUCGACAUUAUAAAAUUGAUGCACCGAAUGAUAGGUAUCAGAAUGGAGGUAUGGACUCUGGAAAACAUUGGAAUCCAGUGAAGCAAGCUGUUCAAUCUUCGAGUAAAGAACUACAGGGGCGCAAAAAGAAGUCCAUAUCAGUGCAGUUCUUUACGAAUUACUACUUCCGGUUCGUGACCCAUCGGGUCAUUCGCUGGGUAAUUCCGCUCGUUUUGUUCGGCGUUCUUGCAUUCUUCAUCUACGAAGCUUCAACUUUGAAAGCUGCUGGAGAAAUCUUCAAAGUUCUUCCGGAUGACCAUCAUUUUGUGAAGGCAGCAGUUUACAAGAAGGAGAGUUUUGUUAGCAACAGCAAAGCGGAAAUUGUUUCGGUCAACUUGAUGUUUGGAUCGUUGGAGAAUGACCUCAGCGUGUGCGACUUUACGACCCCUAUCUGCCGAGGGAAUCAAGGACACGAUCCAAGGUUCAACCCCAGCACCAUGGAAGCUCAACUUGUUAUUAAGAAUUUAUGCACCACAUUGAAGACCCUGCCGGAAAAAGACGCAGAGGACUUGGCCAUUCUUAAAAAUCAAUUUACAGGCCAGUACGAAGUCAAAUGUUUUAUGGACAAUUUUGAAGUAUUUUUAGAAAAUGAAGCUUCGACAACAGGCGAAAAUCUGACUUUGCCUAUUACAAACGCAAAAAUGGUGGCCUUUAUGAACACCAGACCCAAGUUCUACAACCUCACAGCUUUUGAUGUGAACACGUUUAAUGAUACAUUACAGGUACCAUUGUCUUACUGGCUUUUCAAUAGAUACGACGGGUCGUUUUCGGAUGAUUUUAAAACCUACGAUUCCAUGAUCGGGGAGGAAAAGGUCAAUAGUAGCCUGCCCGUCAGCUCCUCCUCAAAUGCCUACUACGGCAACAACAUCAUGCAUAUGACAAUCCAGGUUGACACAUCACUCCGGUUUGGGACUUUAAACCCAAGCGAAGGAAUUCCAGUCAGAGACAAGUGGGAGGAAUUUAUGGGCAAAGAGUUGAAGAAAAUGCCCGCAGAGUUACAGAGCGGAUUCCAGAUGUCUUCACACCAGGCCUGGGUCUGGAUUACAAGGCAACAGAGAAUGAUAAUGAACGCUAUGUACGGCAUCAUUAUCGGUGUGUGCCUAGCGUUCCCCAUAUUGGUCAUAGCGACCGGAAACAUCAUCACCGGCCUGCUUGCCACGUUCUGCAUGUGCUGCUGUACUGCUUGUGUCGUCGGCGUCAUUCCGUUGGGCGGUUGGAACCUCGGGUUGGUUGAAUCCAUCAACAUGUGCAUGAUCGUAGGCCUUGCGGUUGAUUACGUUGUCCAUCUGGCGGAGGGAUACACCCACUCUAUGCACCGCGACCGCCUAUCUCGGGUCCGCGACAUGCUCGAGGAAAUGGCCGUGCCCGUAUUCUUCGGCGCCAUUACCACCCUCGGGGCCGCCGCCUUCAUGUUCCUGACUAAGCUCACAUUCUUUAUGCAGUUCGGAGUCUUCCUGUUUUCAACCAUUGGGUUCUCAUUAGUGUACUCCAUGGGGCUGUUUGUGACCCUUAUGGGCAUUGUUGGGCCCGAAAAUGACACCGGGGACCUUUACGCGUUGUUCAGGCGGUGUUGCAGACGGCGAAAAUAGCUCAAAUGACAGAAUAUUUGGGAACGAAACUGCCUGUUGAUAACAUAUAUAUAUACAUUUACAAUUUGUGGAGUCUCAUUUUAAGAUAUGUAAAGUUGAUUUUUAACCAGUGCAUCUGCUUACCAGUGUAUUGUUGCAAAAUUGGCAUAUAUGUAUGUGUUGUUUGUAUCUGUAAAAGAAAUGCUUUUUACCGAUAUAUUUUAACAAAUACAUAGUUUUACAUUUUACUAUGUAUAAAUGUAAUAAACAGGCCCCAAUUUCUCGACUUCAGGCUUAUGUAGCUUAUUUCAAUUACUCAAAAUACAUACUUGAAUUGAAUUUUGAUAAAUAACUUAAUCCUGUUAUAAGGGACUUAAAAAGUUUCGAGAAAUAGAGGCCUGGAUAACAUUGAGGCUUUUGUGAGUUUAUGUCUUGACGCAAAGAGUUCAAUAAACGCAGCAAAUGCAUCGCAA